AUGGACUACGAUGACGAAGACGAGUUCCCGCGACCGUCCUUUGCGGGUCAAAAGCGCAAAGUCGAAAAAAUGAGCUCGUCAGAUGAAGAAGAGGCGGCAGCAGCUCGUCCGUCGUUUGGGUUUCAAUCAUUUCAGCGCGCCGCAUCACGUUCAGAAUCACCUCCAACGAUGACAGGCCUCGGAGGAGGAGGCGGCGGGGCUCGUCGCAGUCCCUGGAACAACAAUAAUAAUAUGUCAGCUAGUGAGACGCCGAAUCAAAGAUCUAGAGGAGGAGGAGGUGCUGGAAAAAAGCAAGGCUCAGCUCCAGCAGGAGGAAACUCGUUCGCCGCUCGUAUGAUGGCGAAGAUGGGCUACGUCGAUGGCCAGGGUUUGGGUUCUGCUGGUCAUGGUAUCGUCAAUCCGGUCGAAGCGCAAACGCGCCCCCAGGGUCUCGGUCUCGGUGCCGUGAAGGAAAAAUCAAAACAGGCGAGAGAUGAAGAGAAGCGGCAGGCCGCUGCCAAAGGCGAGGUCGUAGAGGACAGUUCGGAUGAGGAGCGACAGCGCCGUCAGAAACGCAAGGCGCAACAGCGCAAACAAGAAGGCAGAAGCGGCGCAAGUACUCCAGCUGGUCCCCGAAAACCGCGAUUCAGAACGGCUCGUGAAAUGGAGGUGGAGGCAGAAGGGCUGGAGGUGCCUAGUGUGCUCAUGUCGCUGGUCGACGCCACAGGAAAGGAGCAGAAAGUUCUGACAUCUACCGCUGGACUGAUGACACCGAUGGAAUUUGUAAACCAGGAAGAAGGAGAAGCUCUCAAAAUUGCACGGCGCGCAAGACACGACCUUGAAGCAUUUGUCGAUGAAUGGAAAGGCCUGACGGAACGAAAGAAGUUUAUCGAAUUCGAAGAAACACAAGUGGUCCACGAGAUUGACACUCAGCAAGUAAAGGCAGACCAGUUAACAAAUCUGGUGUCAGCUAUCAGCGAACUCCAGGUAUCGCAAGAUCAGGACGACAUCACAACACUAUUUGAGGGGGUUACAAGCAAGCUUGAAUUGAUCGAGAUAGAGUAUCGAGAUCUGAUUGACGAGUACCGACUUUCAGAUGCGGCGGUUGCAGCCAUUCAUCCUCUUUUCCGGAAGGCCGUCGAAGAAUGGGAACCGCUGAAGGAUCCCACAUAUCUGGUUGCUCAACUUCGCCGUUUGCUACCGCUUCUCUCUCGUCCCCGUUCGGAAAAUGCCGAAGAGCGUCAGCGGCAAUCUACAACUUCGUAUGAAACUUUGAUUUACUCAAUAUGGCUGCCUCGAGUACGGUCUGUCCUAUUGAAUGAAUGGGACGUUUACGAACCUUCGCCUGCCACCUCGCUGAUUGUUGCGUGGAAAGACGUGAUUCCUUCAUUUGUCUACGCAAAUGUUCUCGACCAAGUAGUCGUUCCCAAACUCAGCGCUGCUAUCAAAGAAUGGAGACCUCGCGCUAGUCGGCAUCAUAAAACUUCUUCUCAGCCGGGUUCUCGCUUUCCCUGGUGGUUAUUUACUUGGCUGCAGUAUCUCAACGAGCGACAUACAGACCCUAGACAUGCCACCGGCCUUCUAUCGGAUGUCAAACGCAAGUUCCGAGUCGUGUUGGACAAAUGGGACCUUCGUAAUGGCCUUGUUGGUGGUGUUGAGCUUUGGAAGGAGGCUUUGGGGUCAGAAUUUGAUGUUACACUUCAAAACCACCUGCUUCCACGCCUAGCAAGACACCUACGAGAUGAUUUCGAAGUCAAUCCACAGGACCAAGAUCUCGCUGCAUUCGAAGACGUGCUAAAGUGGAAGGAUUACUACAAACCCAAGGUGUUUGGGUUACUCCUAGUCGCUGAAUUCUUCCCUAAAUGGCACAACAUUUUGUAUGUGUGGUUGACCAACGAACCUAACUUUGAGGAAGUCGGCGAAUGGUUUACGUGGUGGCGGUCACAAGUCCCUUCAGAUCUCAAUGAAAUAGUCGCCGUCGACGACGAGUGGACCAAAGCGUUGAAGAUGAUGGACCUGGCCGCUCAACUGGGCGACCGAGCAGCAACAGAACUCCCUCAACCCGAAAUUACGCCUUCAGCAGCACCAGCAGCUUCUACCAAUCUUCGGCCAGACAAGGUUGUCGUCCCUCCCGCCGCUGCCGCCGCCAAGGCGAAACCACAGCCCGCCGAGGUCGCUUUCAAGGACAUUGUCGAAGACUGGUGUGCCGAACAAGGACUCAUUAUACUGCCCUUACGAGAAGCUCACCCGCAAAACGGUCAACCUCUAUUUCGAAUUACUGCCAGUGCGAGUGGGAAAGGAGGCGCCGUGGUUUUCUUACAAGGCGAUGUCGUCUGGGCACAGAAUCGCAAGGCGCGAGAUACUUGGGAGCCGAUGGGGUUGGAGGACCGCUUGGUCGAUCGUGCUGAGGGUAAAUGA